UGAAUCCUCACCACUAGAUGGCGCUAGGUCCGAGUUAAUACUGGUUAUCGUUUCGUUUUCUGUGUUAACCUAGUCUAAAUGAGGCUCGAUCACAUCGAGUGUUCUUUCAUAGUGUGUGUGCGUAAUAAAGUGAAUAGUUACAAUAGUGUGAGUGUUUAAUUUACUAUUUGGUCCAUUCAGAACCGGAUUAACUGUGAGUAAAAGUGCAAAGUGUAGUUGUGGACUUAGCAGAAUUCGUGAGUAAAAACACUUAGAAUAUUUUCAAGUUAAAAACACUUAGAAAAAUUCCAAGCAAAAAAGACUUUGAAAAUUUUGUGAUAUUCAUUCAAAGACUUAGAAAAAUUUCCAUCAAAUAAUAACUUAUACAAAUUAAAGUGAAAAAGGGACUUAGAAUAAUAAUUGAACUGUUUUAACUUAGUUUCUGGAAGUGAAUUCGGACUUGUAUUUGGUUUUUAACUGAACUUUGACGCUGUAUAGUAAACAUCUAAGGGAACUUUGUUUUUUGCUGUCUACCUGCAAUAUUUUUCGUGAAGUUUAUACAAGAUGGCAGAUAAGAAAACUAAACAGUAUGCUACACAGAUGAUUCAGAAUUCAGCUAAGAUUGAUAAAUUACUUUCAAAUUCGAAAAAAUGUGCUAAGGAUAAACGAACGAGAGGGUUCUUGGAUUCUCGUAUGGAGGCGUUAAAGGAUUAUUGGGCUAACUAUACCAAGAAUUAUGAAACUCUUUCCGGACUUGUUGAUGCUGAAACUUUGGAAUCGGAAUAUAGCUUGAAUUUAGAGAAAAACUUUGAACAAACUGAGGAAUGCUACCUAGAGUUAUUGUCUUGGCUUAAGGAUAAAUUAUAUGAACUAAAACUUGAUCAAGGUGAAACCUCGAGUUCAAAUACACAUUCAGACGAUCCAAAGAUUAAGACAAGGCUCCCACCGAUUUCAAUACCUCAAUUUUCGGGCGAUUAUAACCAGUGGAUGAGUUUCCGAGAUUUAUUUCGCUCUCUGAUUCAUGAUAAUAAUCGUUUAACUAAAAUCGAAAAACAUCAUUAUCUGAAGUCUAGCUUGUCUGGAGAAGCUGAACAACUUCUAAGGAAUUACUCGCUAACUGAAGCUAAUUACAAUGACGCGUGGAGAAAAUUAAAUGAUAGAUAUGAAAACAAAAGAAUGAUUGUAAACAAUAUCCUGAGUCGAUUUUUAAGUCAAAAGACACUCACCUCGGAGUCUGCGAAGGGGAUAAAAGAUCUUUUGGAUACCUCAAGCCAAUGUCUCACGUCCCUUACAAACUUGAAUAUCGAUUCCUGGAAUGCAAUCGUCGUGCACAUAUUAGUCUCAAAAUUAGACCUUGAAUCUCGCAAACUUUGGGAACAAUCUUUAGAAAAUUCCAUAGAAAUUCCUACAUAUGAAGAUUUAAACAGUUUUCUUGAGAAACGAUUCCGAGCUAUGGAAAUGGUCAGUUUAUCACAACCUCCACCAAGAAGUACUACAAAACUCACUCAACAAACCUCUAAAGUAACUAAUGUCAAAAGCUUUGCUACUGAAAUUGAUACUACUUGUACUUACUGCUCACAAAAACACUACGUUUGCCACUGUAAAGGUUUUGCCUCUCUCCCUGUGAAUGAACGUCAAGAUUUUAUUAAGAAAAACAACAUAUGUUUUAACUGCCUAGUGAAAGGUCAUUCUGUGUUCAACUGUAGACAGAGUACCGUUUGCAAAAGGUGCGGACGUCGUCAUCAUACUUUACUGCACCUCACCGCACCUAAAGAUGAAAGGUCUGUUGAACCUGAUCAGGAGAAAGAUACCUCAAAGGGAAAUAUCACUGUGCCUAAGACCUCUUGCAACAUUAGCGUGAACCUGAAAGCUGAAACAAAAGAUGAUCGGGUUAUUCUAGCUACUGCUUUAAUUAAUGUGGAGUCAAGGAACAGGGGUACUUACGUGUUACGAGCCCUUGUUGAUCAGGGGUCACAAGGUUCAUUUAUCUCCGAGGCAGCUGCCCAGUUGUUGAAACUUAAUCGCACUCCAGUUACAGGGAAAAUCUCUGGAAUUUCUAAUACAUCAGUGGUAACUACAAAGUCUAUGGUCACACUUACAGUCCACUCCACAAAGGAUCAAGCAUCAACCUUCAAGGUUAAUGCCUAUGUUCUAAAGAAACUUACCUCAUUGUUGCCUUCCCGCGAAUUUCCACAAGAUACUUGGCCUUCAUCUAAGCAAUUGGAUCUUGCUGAUCCAAAUUUUCACAAGCCAGGGUCUAUAGAUGUUCUUCUCGGUGCCGAUGUGCAUGCAUACAUACUUCUGGAAGGCUUACACAAGUGUAAUUCUCUUAUUGCACUCAACUCUCGCCUUGGUUGGUUAAUAUCAGGCAGAGUCUCACAAACUGAUUCAACAGCAUACGAACACAAUAUGGUCGUUAUGCAAACUAAAAUAGAGACAGAUCAGUUACUCAGACGAUUCUGGGAGAUCGAAGAGAAUUUACCUCACAAAAAACCAAGGACCGAUUUAGAAAUACAAUGUGAAGAACACUUCAAAAAUACUCACACUCGCAAUGAUGUCGGUCGAUACAUUGUACGGUUACCAUUUAAGAAUGAUCCUCCCACAAACCUUGGAGAUAUCAAAUCUCUAGCUAUCAGUCGCUUACAACAGAUGGAGAAACGCUUUACACGUAAGCCUGAUUUCAAGGAAGAAUAUCACAAAUUCUUGAAGCAAUAUGAAUCACAAGGUCAUAUGAUGAUGGUUCCUGAAAAUGAAUUAGUAAAAGAAAAGGUAUAUUACUUACCUCACCACGCUGUCCUUAGGCCGACGAGUCUAAGUACCAAGCUACGUGUAGUAUUCGACGGAAGUGCUGCACCUGAAAAAGGAAAAUCAUUAAACGAUGAACUACUUAUUGGAUGUUCUCUUCAACAAGACAUUAGAGAUCUAAUAACUCGAUGGAGACAACAUAAAAUUUGUUUGGUAGCGGAUAUUCGACAGAUGUACCGGCAGAUUUUAGUAUCUAGCGAUGACGUUGAUUAUCAGCGAAUUUUGUGGCGAGAAUCUCCAACACAACCUAUAAAUGAGUACAGAUUACUUACCGUCACGUAUGGGACUUCUUGUGCUCCAUUUUUAGCCAUUCGUACACUUCAUCAAUUGGCUGAAGAUGAAAAGAACGAUUUUCCCAAUGAAGCUGACAUCUUGAAAACCGACGUGUACAUGGACGAUCUGAUGACCGGAGCGUCGACAACAGAAGAUGCUGUAAAGUUACAGAAAGCGUUGACGGAACUUUUGGGUCGUGGUGGAUUUCCUUUGCACAAAUGGUCUUCGAACAGUAAAGUGGUGUUAUCUCAAAUCCCAAACGAUGACAAGGAUUCUCAAAGUGCUGUAAAUAUUAAGGUUGAAGACACAAUUAAAACAUUAGGUAUUACCUGGAACUCGGAGACUGACAAUUUUGAACUUAAUGCAAAACUGUAUCAUGGUUAUGACAAAAUUACUAAAAGAAAUGUAUUAUCUACUAUUGCUAAAUCUUUCGAUCCACUAGGUUGGCUAACACCUGCAAUCAUACUACUUAAAAUCUUUAUGCAAAGGUUAUGGUUGGCUGGUUUAGAUUGGGACGAAGAUUUACCUACUGAUCUGAAAGAAGAAUGGGUUACUUACCUUGAUCGUUUCGAGCACAUUGAAAACAUUCAGUUCCCACGAUGGUUCGGGGUUUCAGAUGACACAGCGAAACGGGAGCUGCAUGGGUUCAGUGAUGCAUCUUGUGUCGCUUAUGCUGCGGUGGUGUACCUCAGGGUCUUGGGAGAUGAUGGUAAAAUAAGGGUCUACCUUGUCACUGCGAAAUCUAAAGUUGCUCCGGUAAAACAAAUUUCUCUUCCACGCCUAGAACUCUGUGGUGCAUUGCUCUUGGCAAAAAUUAUCCAACAUGUCCAAACUUGUCUUAGUAUACCCGAUGAAGAUGUUUACACUUGGACAGAUUCUACCAUAGUUUUGUCGUGGCUGCGCAAAACUCCAAAUACUUGGACAACAUUCGUUGCAAAUCGCACAUCAGAAAUUCUGACAUUAACUAAUUCUAAUCAGUGGUAUCAUGUGAGUUCCAAAAAUAAUCCCGCUGAUUUAGCAUCACGUGGAAUAUACCCACAUGAUUUGCAACUAUCAGAACUAUGGUGGAAUGGGCCUCAAUUUUUAUAUGACGAAAUUAGAUUCGAUCAUUCCUUUUUCAAUGUUCCUUCAACAGAUUUAGAAAUGAAAGCGACUAAAAUAUCAUCCAAUGUUAAUUUUAUUGAAAAUGACGCAACUUUUUAUAUAAAACGAUUCUCAACAUUGUCAAAAUUAAUACGUGUCACUGCUUACUGUUGUCGUUAUUUUAAAAUAUGUAAAGCUAGAAUAAAUAAGAACCCAUUUACUGAACCUAUUUAUUUGACUACUAAGGAGCUUGAUGACGCUCUUAACCGUUGUAUUAAAUUAUCACAAUCCAUUUCCUUUCGAGAUGAAAUCUAUAAUUUGUCAUCAGGUAAACAAGUUCGAAAAUCCAGUAAAAUUUACGCGCUUCAUCCACUUAUCGAUGACGAAGGCAUUGUUCGUGUUGGUGGACGGCUCGCUAAUGCAGAGAUUCCAAACGAUAUGAAAAAUCCCAUUCUUUUAAGUUACGAUUGUGCCCUUUCUAAACUUAUUGUUACAAAUGCACAUUUGAAAUCUCUGCAUGGAGGUCACCAACUGACUUUAAAUGUAAUUCGCCAGAAAUUUUGGAUUAUACGAGUAAAAAAUCUUGUAAAGGCUGUAAUCCACAAGUGUAUACCAUGUUUUAAACAAAAGGCUAAUCCACUUGCACCAUUUAUGGCAAACUUACCUAAGUUUCGUGUUACUCCUAGUCGUCCUUUUCUCAUAAGUGGAGUAGACUUUUGUGGACCUUUUACAAUGAAAUUGUAUCCCGGCAGAUGCAAAAAAUUGUGUAAAUCUUAUGUUUGUUUAUUUGUGUGUACUGUAACAAAAGCCAUUCAUCUAGAGUUAGUGACGGAUUUGACUUCUACUGCAUUUAUUGCAGCAUUUCGACGUUUUACUGCUCGACGUGGUCACUGCAACGAAAUUUGGAGUGAUCAUGGAACGAAUUUUGUAGGUGCGUCACGCGAACUAAAUCAAGCCUUCAAGGAUUCACAAUCUCAGACUGUAUCUGAAAUCGCUGAAAUUCUGGCUAAUGAUCACACACAGUGGAACUUUAUACCCCCUAGAGCGCCCCAUUUUGGAGGUAUCUGGGAGUCUGGAGUGAAAAGUAUUAAAGGGCAUUUAAAACGGGUCAUAGGACAAGCGUUUCUCACGUAUGAAGAGUUAGCUACACUCUUGUCUCAAGUUGAGGCUUGUGUUAAUUCACGUCCUCUUACAGCUAUAAAUUCGAGUCUUGAUGAACCUCCGUUGACACCUGGUCACUUUCUUGUCGGUGAGCCCCUAAUAGGUGUUCCUGAACCAUCAUUAAUCGAUGUGAAAAUAAGCCCCUUGAAUCGAUGGCAUAUCAUUCAACGUAUGGUGCAGUGCUUAUGGCGUCGUUGGCAAAACGAAUAUUUAACAACACUGCAACAGCGUUACAAAUGGAACACUGAUCGACCAGAUAUUCCCAUCGGUACUGUUGUUUUAGUAAAGGAUGACAUGCUUCCACCUGGAAAAUGGCUUUUGGGACGUAUAAUUCAGAAGCACCCAGGAGCAGAUGGUAUAACAAGAGUUGUUACCCUAAAAUAUAAAGAUAGUGUUUUCAAAAGACCAAUCGUAAAACUAUGCCCUCUGCCCCUGGAUGAACCUGACUCUCAGUAAAUUUCUACCUUGUUUGUUAUUACUUUUACCCUUCGUGAAGGACUUUAGUCGUCCUUGGCCGGCGGGAUGUUGAAUCCUCACCACUAGAUGGCGCUAGGUCCGAGUUAAUACUGGUUAUCGUUUCGUUUUCUGUGUUAACCUAGUCUAAAUGAGGCUCGAUCACAUCGAGUGUUCUUUCAUAGUGUGUGUGCGUAAUAAAGUGAAUAGUUACAAUA